AUGCAGUCAGCCCUCGACCUUCUGUCGGCGGCAGCGCUCCUCGACUCGCCGGCAGAGCCGCCGUCCACCCUCUCGACAGCUCCUGCCGCACCGCCUCCGGCCGCUGAAGCGACCGCAGCCCAAACAGCCACGCCCAUCCUCGCCAGCGCCCAAGAGCAGCCUCAUUACGCCGGCACCGGCGGCGCGCAGGAGCUUGGAGACAUCGCGAGGGCGGUGAUGGGCUUCCAGGGAGUGGGAACCGUGACUGCGGGCGGGCAGGGGAGGCAGCGGGUGCCGAGCAGCAGUGGGACGACGGGUCUGUUCGCCCAAAAGGCCCAGCCGAGCACGACGCAAGCCGCUGUGCUCCCGCCUCUCCCCUCUACCGCCGUCACGCUGCCGCCCCUUUCGGCUGCACCUCUCGCCGCGCAGACAGCGGCGCCUUCGCACGGUCACGGCACACGGCGUCAAGCACGGGAACAGCGCGCACAGGAGCAGCAGCAGCAAGCCCUCAAGUUCUACACGACCUCGACGGGUUCAGCGCAACUCGCUCCGAUUGCAGCUCAAGCCGCGACAGCUCUGCCCUCUCUCCCGACGCUCCCGCUUCCGACACUCCCACCUUUGCCCGGUCAUACUAUGGCGUCGACUCUAGCGACACCACCAGCUCCACGUCCGCCCCCUCCUCCUUACGCCGUCCCUCCCGAGUCCGGCCUGAUACGCUGCGUCUGCCCAUACACAAUCGACGACGGCUUCACCAUCCAGUGCGACAUCUGCAACGUCUGGCAGCAUGCCGCCUGCGUCGGAAUCCCCUCUCCCGCCGACGUUCCCGAGGAGUAUCGCUGCGAACGGUGCGACCCGAUUGGCGCGAGGGAGCGAGGCGUGGACGGGCGAUUAGCCGAGGUCGGCAUGCGGGUGCGGAUACGGGAGAUGGAGCGAGUUCAGGAGCAGAUUCGGCGGGCAGAGGUUCUGCAGGCGCAGCAGCACAAGGAGAAGGCGGAGCGCGAGGCGCGUGAGGAGAGCCAGCGGGUCAUGGCGGUGGAGAGGGCGCGGAUGGUUGCGGCGCAGAUGGGAGACGUUGACGCUGCACACGAGCCGCUCGCCACGCCGAAGCAGCGCCCUCGCGCGACGAAGCCGCGCAGGAGCGGUGGAAGCGCAGGACCUGCAUCGAUGCAGGUCGACGAGCCGUCGACCGAGCCAGGCGAGACGGAGCCCGCGGUCGAGACUGCAGCCACGCCGGCGCCUGCCGACCCAUCCUCGACUGUUAUUGCUGGAGGACCGGUUCCUUCGACUCCGCAUCUCACGCCUCGCGAUCCUACCCCGCCUCCUCACACUUCUGCCUCUGUCGAGCCAACGCGAUCAGUCAGUGUCGAGGAAGACGCCGCAUCACCCGCUCCAGGUCCAUCCGCUCCGCCAAAGCCACCAGUCGCCAUCGGUCGCAAAAGACGAGUCGCCAAGCAACCAAAAGGUCGAACCGCCUCGUCAACAGGUGACGGAGCGCAAGGCGACGACAGCGGAACCUACGCAGGCCAGGCGACUGAGCCGUCGGACGGUGGAUUGCGUCUCUCCUCUCUCCGCGAGCGGGACCGCAGCGGGCGACAUGCCUCGAUGUCGGCGUCUGCAGCGGAGGACUCGGCGGCAUCCUCUUCGGAAGAUGAGCGUCCGCCAACGGCGAGUUCGUCGCGAGUCGAACGCCUUGAACGGAUGGAUCGGAGCGAGCGGGCUGUCGAGGACGACCGGUACGAGUCGUGGCGGUACGAGUUCACGCCUAUCGGCUCGAAUCUGUUCCCCGACGCGACUGUCCUCCAGCAUCUCGACGAGAUUCUCUCAGCACCUCCAGCUUCACCCCUCGACGAGAUCGACGGAGCGACGCAGCCCGUGCUACAAAGGUUGCGCGAGCGGCAGGAUGCGACAAGGGGUACGGUUGGAGGGCGGACCGGCGCGAAGGUCGUGGAGGCGCUCUACGACUUGCAGCCUGCCUACGUCUCGAUGCCCUCACUUCCGCCUCAUCAGCCGGUCGCCGUCAAAGCGCUCUCGCAGGCGGCGACUUCGCUCUCGGCUCCACCGAUCCAGAGCGCCUACAUCCCCUCGCCAUACUCCUCGAGCUUGCACGCAUCGUCGGCUGCAGCACAGGCUCUCUGCCCAUAUCCUCGGCCCACGACCUACGGUCUCUUCGCUUCCGCUCCGAUCACAGCCGGCUCGUUCAUCCUGCCGUACAGAGGCGAAGUCUGCGACCUCGAAACCUACCGUGCCGACCCGAUAAACCAGUACGAGCUUCUCGGCGCGCCGAAGGGGGCCGUCCGCGCGCUGCCGCACCCGUGGAGCGUUGUCAUCGACGCAAGGACGUGGGGAAACGAGGCGAGGUUUGCGAGGAGCGGCUGCAGGCCGACUGCUGUCCUGCGAGUCGUCAAGGUGGACGGCGGCAGCGGGAACGGCCCAAGACGGGGCGCGAAGCGAUCCGGCUCACCGCGCUCUCGGUCGCGCUCGACCACGCCGUUCUUCCCCGCCCAGCCUCAUCCGCCGAACAACACGAUGUCCAAACCUCAGUGGCUCGCACAGCACCCAGAGCAUCCCGUCACCGCGACCUUCCAUCUCGCCGUCUUUGCGAUCACCGACAUUCCGAAACGCGGCGAGAUUGUCCUGUCGUGGGACUGGGACGACGGGCAUCUCGUCCACCUUCUUCCUUCCCUCCUGACCCUGCCGUCGCCCUUGCCCACGCCUUCGCUCCUCCCCCUCCUCGCCUCGCACCCAGAAGCAGCUGCUCGUCUUUCACGGUCGAUGGCCCUCGUCGCGGACGCAUUGCUCGCUCCUUCGUCCUCUUCGCUCGGCGGCGGUUGCGCCUGCGACCGGAAGCGCGAUUGCGCGCUCUGGUGGCUCGCUAGAGCGGGUACCGCGUCAUGCUUCUCGCUCACGGCGAAAGGCGGCGGCGGAAGGAGCACGGACGAGGUUGCGGAAGCGUUCCUCAAUUCGUUUGCGAUUGGGAGGGACAAGGAGAACAUGGGCUUCGGAGCUGAGACGCACGGCAAGAAGAAAGGGGGAGGUGUGCAGGCGCGGCUCGUCGACCUCGGCGCGCUCGUCGGGCUCGAACGAGGCUGGAUCGUCAACGAGCCGACCAUGCAUAGUCAGGGCCCCAACGCCGUCGGAUUCGACGAGCUCGAGGUCAAGCCGCAGCUUGGUGACGCGACUUCUGACGACGACGCGCACGAUGACGACUUCGAGAAGAACGCGAUGGACGUCGACGAAGCCAACUCGGGCACGGAUCGAGAUGGACUGCGAGCACCUGACCGCACCCAUCUCGGCAUCUCGCCAUCUUCAGCCCUCACUUCGCUUCCGUCCCUUCCGUCCGCGGACGCCUCGUCCCCGGUGAUUCGACCCGCCAACAGUCGCAGGAGUCCGCGACGCGACACACGCGUUGGUAGCGGCAGCGAUACGGACGAUUCGGAUCUCACGGAGCCGUUGUCGAACCUGUCGGCGCAGGAAGACGACGAGGACGAGGACGAUCUGUCCGAGCCAGACGAGUCGGUGCUGUCUCCGCCGCUUCCAUCCAGGCUCCAGGUGCUCGCUCGCUCGCCGCCGCCACCACCGAAGAAGGGCGCAGUCAAGCUUAGCAAGAAGAAGCGCCAGGACUCUCAGGAUUCGGACAGUCCUCUCAGCGACUUGGACGACGCGUCGGCCGGGCGUGCGGACCGCAAGAUGCAGACGACGCCAGCAAAGAAGAAGCGCAAGACGGCUCGGUUCUAUUCGUCGUCGUCGUCGUCGUCGUCGUCCGGCGAAGACGAGACUCGGCAUGCCCAGGAAACGCUCAAGAUGAAGCAAGAUGGUGGCUCGUCGGCCUCUACUUCGACCGAUCAGAUCGCCGUGGGUACACAAGCGGACGCUCCAGAGUCGUCGAGCCUACCGACGGCGAACUCGAGUCGAGCCAAGCCGAAGAUCGAGGUCAAGGUGGUCACCAAAACCGUGACCGUGCCAAUCGACCAAGUGCCGAAGAAUCGGCAAGCCUCGACGACGAAGAAGCGACCGCAAGUCGAUUCUGCGGGAUCGCUGGGCAGCCUCAAGAUCCGCAAGCUCAAGGACAAGAAGACGGUACCGCGGAUCCAGGACGAGUCGGAUGGAGAUGACGCCGAACCCGCUAGCCCCGUCGUGGCUUCUCCGACCACACUGAACAGCUUCGUUCAAUCACUCCGUGCGAGCGAAGCGGCGGAACAAGCGGGCGAAGCUGUUGCGGCUCGGCGCCUGGAAAGCGACUUGAGCAUAGCGGAGGGGGCUUCCGCAUCGAACGCUUCAAUCUCACCUGCUGUCAAAGACCCGACGCCGCCUCCGCCUGAACCGCCGAAGCCAGCUCCAGCUCCAGCUCCAGCACGCCUUUCUCUCGCGGCUUAUCGACAACGCCAGAUGCAAGCGCGAGUCCCACCGCCGCCUCCGCCGCCACUUGCGUCCGUUUCGAUCCCGCCGCCGAUGCCGUCUACGACUGCGCCUGCGGCCAACUCGCGAAACCCGCUUGCUGGCGUGAGCCCCGCACAACUCGAAGCGCUCGCCAGCGUUCUCGCUGCGUCCUCGUCGCCGGCGUCCUUAGAGGCAACGCUUGCACCGAUCACGCCGUCACCUGCGGCGUUUGCUCUCAGCUUGCCGUCCGAAACUCCUCCUCUUCGCCCUGUCGCCGCGCUGUCGCCGCCUCUGCCGCCUCAGUCUUCUCUACCCAUGACGCAGCGCGUCGCGACUGCAGCUCCUAGCUUCGCAGAAUCGACUUUGCCCGCCACGACUGCGCGCGAAGUCGCCGAGUCGGAAGCGGGAACGCCGCCUCUUCCCCCGGCUCGCGAUGUCGCCCCAGUGCCGGACCCUGAGCCUCUGCCUGCGGCGAGAUUCAGCGCUGCGGACAUCCUCAAAAGCAUUGGCGAUUACUUCGGCACCUCUUCGGGUUCUACGAACUCGUCGAAGCGGGGAACGCCAGUCGCGCAGGUUACGUCUCUCGCGGCCGCACCUUCGACUCGAUCGGAGACGCGCGAGGCUGAAGAACACGCCGGCGCCGCACUCGGAUUGGAAGCGGGCGCAGCCGCACCCGUCACGUCGUCGAGUUCGGCGCCCGUGUCUGGAACGAGCGCGCCUGCGGUACCCUCAACUUCGUCACCGAUGCCAGGCUUCCGCCCCAUCUCGGCGCAAAGCUCUUCGGCAGCCUCCCAGUCGAGUUCCGCGUUCAUCCGUCCAGCAGCAUCCGCCUUCCCGAAGCCGCGAUUGCUCAGCACCUCGCCCGCAACAGGCUUCGGCCGAGCGCCUCUGCCCCCGGCCUCGACUGCGAGACCGACAUCAGUGUCUCCCGCUCUCGUGGGGCAUGCCCCGCUGUACGCCGGAUCGGGCUCGCGUCCGUCGCCGCCUGUCAGGCCUGCUGAACUCGAUCCAUCAAUUCCUACUGCACCGAAAGCGAUGCAGGCAGGCCUCACGACGCCUGCGCAUCCCAGCCGAUCCGGUGCGCCCGCGACACCCGGAACAACAGCGUCGGCGGCUGGCACGCCGAGCAGGUCCGGAUGGCCUGGCUCGACGCCUGCCGGGCGAGGUCGCGGGGGCUUCCACGGACCGCGCAAUCCGAAUAUGCAACUAAGUGGCGGACAUGGGACGCCUCGCGGUCGCGGCGGUGGAGGCUGGGGCUGGCGUGGUCGAGGCGGUGGGCGCGGCGGGAGUGCAGGACGAGGCGGAGGUGCUGUCUGA